AUGCCACCGAAGACAGGAAGGGGUCGCAAGGUAAUCGCCGCACCGCGAGAAAAGGCGGACGAUGCCGGAAAAGAAAGCGCAGCUGCAGGAUCAUCCAGUGCAGCUACAACAACCUCGCCUUCGACCCGAGGACGCAAGUCCACUGGAGGCGGCAGAGCGGGGAAGCGACCGGCUGGUGCAUCGAGAAAAUCAGGUAUCCAACCUGGCGAUCCUACCCCUCAAGGCCGUCAUCGCCGUUACAAGCCGGGUACUGUUGCCCUCAAGGAAAUCCGCAAAUAUCAACGCUCUUAUGACCUCCUUAUACGGAAACUCCCAUUCGCAAGACUUGUGCGCGAAGUCGCAUUGGAUCUACUCCCCGCAGAUGUGGGAUCCGAAUUGCGCUGGCAAUCGCAAGCUAUCAUGGCGCUGCAAGAGGCCGCGGAGGCCUUCCUUGUUCAUCUAUUCGAGGACACCAACCUGUGUGCUAUACACGCGAAGCGAGUGACCAUCAUGCAGAAGGACAUCCAACUUGCUCGGAGAAUCCGUGGCGCAUGGGGUGGAUUGGGCUGA